UGUCUCUUCAGCGGCUCGGGCGGCUCGGGAUGAGUUCCAAGGCCAAGAAGCGAGUGGUGCUGCCCACGCGCCCGGCGCCCCCCACGGUGGAGCAGAUCCUGGAGGACGUGCAGGGUGCGCCCUCCGACGACCCGGUUUUCACCGCGCUGGCCCCGGAAGGCGCCGCAGGCCUCCCCGGGAGGGUGGAGGACUCCGAGGCCCGGCAGGAGCAGCUCUACCAGCAGAGCCAGGCCUACGUGGCCAUGAAUCAGCGGCUGCAGCAGGCGGGCGACGGGCUGAAGCGCAAGUGCGAGGCGCUGCGGCGAGCCGGGGAGGAGCUGGAGCGCGAGGUCGGCCAGGUGAAGCAGGUGGCGCUGCCCGGAGCCGUGGCUGCCUCCUUGGGCUGAGUGGUCCACCCGCUUGCCCGAGCACCUGCACCCUGGGCAGGGCGGCCCCCGGCUCCCCGUGACUCCUGAUCUGCCACAGCUUAGACCCCCGGCUCCCGUGGUCUGGGUGUGUCCCGGUACCCAGAGAGCCCCGGAGACACAGCUGGGCAUGGGCCCCUCCCUGGGGGUCAGGCCUGGGGCGGUGAGGAUGCUGCUCACCCGGGGCCAUGGAGCCCAGACCGGACUUCGCAUGGGGCCCCGCACCCAAGGCCAGGCCGUCCACCCUCCUCUCCCUCCCUCUGGGGUCCCAGCUCCCUGUAGACUGAGCUGGUGGGAUCCGCUCUGCCGCCUCUGCCAUCUCCACCUGAACCGCAGGGCCCCCCGGAUUCUGGAAGAGGCUGGGGUUAGGGUUCUGUUCCGUCCAGCACAGUGGCCGCGGCUGUGCGCGGAGCCCUUGCCCGGCAGGGCCCAGAUGUGAGAUGGAGCCUCUGGCGGGUGCCGGCCCUGAGGACCCUGAGCUAAGGUGUGGGCGCUCCCGUGGGCCAGGGUCCCGGUCGGGGUGCGGGACCGGCCUGGGAGCUGCGGGACUGCAUCACACGGGGCUUCUGGCCUGGGCCCCGUUGAGGACAGACUGGCCCGUCUCCCAUGCAAGCACUCAAUGGCUGCUUCCGUCCUGGUAAGCUUUGCCUGUGGGUGGGUGUGGGGGCCGUGGAGCAGAAGCAGAUCUUGAAAAGGGCUUUUCACCCCAAAAGACAGACUUCCAGGAGACCAGAGCAGCAGUGGCUGUGCGAGGCACCACAGAAGCCGUCCGCUUGUGGGUGUCCCCCAAAGCCCCCCGGGUGCAGGCUGCUCGGCCCUGGCCCCUGCGCAGGUCGCCCGGGAGCAGCCACUCUCCUGGGGUCUACGGGAGCUCGGGAGCAGCACAGCGGGGCCUGACACUAUGACCCUGAGCGUCCCAGAGGGGUUUCUCUUUCCCUGAAGAAGGGGAGCCUGCUUAAGCCCAAGAGUCCCCCAAAACUGGAAACCAGAAUGUAUGCCUGGGGGCACAGGGGUACAGAGAACCCGGGCGUGGCUCCAGCAUUGGCAGUGGACGUCGUGACCGCCCAGCCCAGGGCCCCUGGCCCUUCAGCACCCUUCCGCAGCUGCUAACAGCCCACCUGCUCGGCCCUGGUCUCCAGCCGCUGCCGGACUCCGGGGUCCUGUCUGCUCUGCGGAGCCCCCUCUGGGCUCAGGCCGGGACAUGUGCGCUGACAUCCCUGUGCUGCCGUCCUGGGGCCCAGGCCACGCUCCAGCUCUGCCUCCAGGGACCUGUCCAGGGAGGACUUCUGAAAGCUUGUGGUCGUCUGCUGGCUCCUGGCGGCGGCCCGUUCGGCAGUCCACAUACCGACCCCGGGUGGAGGCCCCUCCCACCCCCCAUCUGCUCGCCCUUGGGAAGGGAGCCAGAGGCCAUGGUGUGGUUCAACAGCUUUAUUAAAGGUGCAUGUGAGCCGCCUGGUUCCACGGCUUCCUCCCGCCA